AGCACACAGCCCGUGCAGCUGGGGCUUUGAUGCCUUCCUCACUAUUGCUUCCCACUCAGAAGAUUUCUAUUCAUUCCGAGCUGAUAUCCAGCCCAAAGCCCCAGCUUCCCCCGAGACCCUCAGCGUGUCUACAGGACUCCAGUUUAGUAUUCACUGGAAGAGCUGCGCUCCUGUGCUAGACCUACAGGCUGCUGGUUGAAGCCAUAAGGGAACGGGAGGAAGAAUUAGCCUGUGUGUUUAUGUGGCUGUGCUCCAGUAAAUAUUUUGAUGCAUCUGCUGCCAGCUCUGGUCUGAGGGAAUCUACCUAGCAUUUAAAUUUUGAUGGGGAGCUGUUUUGAAUAAUAACAGUGCAGCUGGCUGUGAGUCAGUGCAUGUGUGUUGACUUAAAAAAAACCCUCAAAGCUUAACGCUUGCUGAAUGCCGAGCUGCAGUGCUUUGCUUUUUCCCUCCUCCUUCCUUCUUUUCUUUCUUGUCUGGUCUUUCUCUGUUUUGUUUUGUUCUUGGGGGCAUUUCACAUAGAUUUUGUUCACUGUCAGUGGAGGGGUGGGGUAAUAGGAAUAAAAAAAAAAUCCUAGCCAAAAUAAAUUCUCAAAAACUCACGAGUAGCUUUUGCAAUGGGUGCUGUCAUGGGUACAUUCUCUUCUCUACAAACGAAACAAAGAAGACCAUCAAAAGGUCCCGUGGAAGCCGGAGGAGUUUGGUGUGCAGCUGCUUUUCCAAAGUGUCUGGCAAGUGCUUCUAGAGGAUAAAAUUGAAGAUGAAUUAGAAAUGACGACAGUGUGCCAUAGACCCGAGGGACUGGAACAGCUUGAAGCACAAACCAAUUUCACUAAAAGAGAACUUCAAGUUCUUUACAGAGGAUUUAAAAAUGAAUGUCCCAGUGGGGUUGUUAAUGAAGAAACAUUUAAACAGAUCUAUGCACAAUUUUUUCCUCAUGGAGAUGCCAGCAUGUAUGCACAUUACCUCUUCAAUGCCUUCGACACUGCACAGAAUGGCUCCGUGAAGUUUGAGGAUUUUGUGAUGGCACUGUCCAUUCUGCUACGGGGAACUGUUCAUGAAAAGCUGAGAUGGACAUUUAAUCUGUAUGACAUAAAUAAGGAUGGCUAUAUAAACAAGGAGGAAAUGAUGGAUAUCGUAAAGGCGAUUUAUGAUAUGAUGGGAAAAUACACGUAUCCAGUGCUCAAGGAAGAUGCACCAAGGCAGCAUGUAGAAGUGUUUUUCCAGAAAAUGGAUAAAAACAAAGAUGGAGUUGUAACUCUAGAUGAGUUUAUUGAAUCAUGUCAGGAGGACGACAAUAUCAUGCGAUCCUUACAGCUCUUUGAGAACGUCAUGUAACCAGAAGAGCACUGGAGGAGUCUGAGACUUCUGUGUAACAAAGAUCUUCUUUCUGGGUGAAAGAUUUUCCAAUUGAGCCAUGUCCAGUGUGUGAGGAUUUUGUACGAUAUGUCCAACCAAAUGGCAACUGAAUGCAGCCGAUGCCACCACUUCUCCCCGGAAGAUGCUGGUGGACUUUUCUUUCAUUCUGGAAGCAUGUGAAUACUUUAUUAAAUCCCGACAAGAGAGAACUGCUGCUCGAAGUUCAAUGAGUAAUACAGAGCAUUGUUUGCUAGGCACAAAUCCUGCUUUUAAUCUAGCAAGCUUAAUUCCCUAUAAUAGCACAUGUUGAUAGCUAUUCAGCCAUCAAUUGCAAGUGACAGCUCAGUCCAUACCUCUGUUUGGCAUAAUGUUCUGUGGAUGCCUUUGCUGUUAAUCUGCUUUGACAAAACCCCAGUCUGCCAGGGCAGUCUGUGAAAAAAUGAACAGUCAAUGUACCUGGGACAUUAAACAGACAGCCCAUGUAGCCAGUAUCCCCAUUCCUGCAGAGAUCCUGCUUGUCUUCUCACAUGCACUGGUGCCACUAUGCUGAGGUUAGUGGAGUUCUUCCUGAACAUAUUAAUCAGCUGAUCUUCAUGCCAGGGUGAGUCAGAAAGGAGCAGAACAUGUUGCACAUAUUAAUAUAAAAGUACAGACCAAAUCCUGUUCAGGAGUGGUAGGUUUCCAAGAGACCAGGCAGGUGUGUAAGGGCUGGUGCAGAAAGAUGAACACGAGCUCUGGUCCCAGCUGCCUGCUGAGCCCCAGGGACACGGGGUGAUGCUCCACAGAGCAUCUCAGCAGCAGCAGGGCCGUGUGCUCUGGUCCUUUUGCUGUGGUUUGGCACACACUCCUAGGUUCAUCACUGGAUGUUACAGUCGGGUCUUACCCCCCCCUUAUGGAUUUAUUUAAGCUUUCUUGUUUGACUUAGUGAAGAACUAAGAUGCAGCUGUGUUCCAGCAUACAGACCGUGGUACCCACAAAGUGCCCAGCACAUUUGAUUCCUGAAUUGGUAUUAGCCUCAGAAUCAGCUCCCAGGGCCCAUAUUUUUUCCUACAAGGCAGUAGUAUGCCUUGUAUAAGCCCCAUUUCUUUGCUAAUGCCAAGUAGAGUAUUGGUGUAGGGGUUUGAUUUUUUAAUUAAUAAAACAGAAAAGUUCAUGUAGCGAAUUUACACCAAGAUUGGAUGACUGGUCAGCUGGGGAAUGUCAGAGUCUUCUGUGAAGAAGCCUUUUAGGAAAGCUGACCCACCAGAGUACCACUGUCAUCUCCAGGCAGACAGUGGCUGAGAAGCAAAGGGAAGAAGGGAACAGCUAAAUCUUCCAGCUGCUCAAACCCCACAGAUGGGACAGUCCCUGCAGUAGUGCUGCAUCAUUCCCAUCCAGUAAGCAUCUAUUUUUAUUGUAUCACACACUGUAUUACAGACAAAUGUUAGCACUGAAGAUAUAUUUUAAAAAUUAUGUAAGUGGAACGUUUUUAUAAUACAGAAUAUACAGAAUGCCUCAGUUCUGUAGCCCUAAUUUUAUAAAAGUUUCAUGUAUUGAAUUAUUCCUGAUUACAGAAGUAGAUCUGAUCAGUCCUAGUAUAAUGAUAAUGCCAAUUCCCCAAGACGAGGCAUCUUCCCCUUUUACUGUGCUCCUCCAUACACUUCUGUGUGGUCUUAACUUUAUUUCUCUAAGUUGUUCCCUUGCCAUCAAAAGUGGUGUUCAAGUAAAGUUACAUGUCUGCAGGAAUGACACCUUAGUCUGUCUUGUUUCGUACAAAUACUGCCUUUCAUACCAACACCAUCAAUGAAUUCCUCCCAGCAGUGAUGCAGCAGCUCUGGUGAGGGGCUGGGAUUUGCAGGAGGGAUGCCCUGCUGUGGGAGCACCUUUCCUCCAGUCGUUGGGUCAUGUAGGCUUUAUUUAACAGGCACUUUGUAAAGACAUCAGUUGUAGCUGAAAUAAUACACAGUUUACACCAUUCCUUCUUGAUUCUUCUUGCAAUCACUUCAGCAAAUGACAGAAUUUAAUAUAAUUACAGGUUUUCCCUCCCACCAUAACCGCUUAAUCUAUUAUUCCAAGGAGUUCACUUCAGCAAAGGGAGAAGUGGUCAGAGCAGUGGAAAUUAAGGAUUUUAAUCUGGCUAGCACCGUGCCUUUUUCCUCUAAUAGUCUUGCUUCAAGGGUGCUUAUGAGAUGGCACAUACAGACAGAAGUGUUUGGAAUGUGCCCUUUUCAAAAGAAAAUGUUAUUAGUUGCAUGAUGCCACAGUCCCUGAAGCUAAAUUAAUUUCUGGAGUUACUGUGAUGAAUUUGGCCUCAUCUGUGUUUCCUGGCCUGCUGGCAGCAGUUGUGUGGGGGCUGCCUUUGUCACCAGGGCUGUCGCUGUUUUCUCUGGGGUGUGGCUCCAGCUCAGCAGCAAACAGCUGCUGUCACUGUCAGUGUGUGCUGGCCUGCAUUGCUGAUCAGGGUGCCAGUACUGACCCUGCACUUCUGCCAUCUCUUUGCUGCUCCACUGUGCCUGCUUUUCACUGCCAGCAACCAUGAGGGGCCAUCAG